UUUUCUCUUAAAAUAAAUAUAACAAAUAUUUGAAAAAUUAAUUUCUUAAAAAAUAUUUUUUUUUAAGAAUAUAUUUUUAAGAGGCUCUGAGCUAGACACAAAGUCACUACAAAUGAAAUUUAAGGCCCCCACAAUGAAAGGGGCCCAAAUAUUCUUACGAGGGGGUGCGUGGAACGCCUUGUCGCCUGUUGCAAUCCACCCUCUGAAUUUUGCUACCAACGUUAGUUAAGACUGCGCUAUGCGCCGCCUCUCUGUCGCCCACAAAACACCGCCUACAAUUUUUAGGGGAGGUGUGUCUUUCAUCACCCCGUGGAACGCAGCAAUUUGUCAGUAGAAUCUAUGUCAGUCUCUUUGGGAGUGCCGUCGCGACGUCACAAAAUAUCCUCCGGAAUUCCCUCUAAAACUCCACAACCGUCUUGUUAAUCACAAUUCUGUGUAGAGGUAUUUAAACCAACUGAACAAAGUGAAUAGUACUGUGAAUUUUUCCUUUCUUCCGGAAGCCAAAGGAUUGCUUUCGGAAAAGAAAAUUCGGAAAAUUAUUUAGUUUUAGUUUUCUCAGAAAAAUAUCCAAGCUUAAUGUGAUACAGAAUGUGUGAAAUCUGUGAAUAAAAUCCUUCUGUGUUCCGGAAACAUUCCAGAAUAUUAUUUCCGGAGUGUUUUAGUGAAUUUUGUGUAAAGUGAUUUUUUCCGGUGGUGAAGGAUGCAAUAGUUUUCAAAAUGGAGACGACGGCACAUUUGCUGAAGAGACCUCAGGCGUCGGAAUCGCCUAAAACGGUUACGUGCAAUCAAAUACAAGCUCAGACAUCAACUGGACAACCAAAAGCCAAUCAGGUCAGCACAGUCCUCCUGUACGGAAUCCCCAUUGUGUCGCUAUUUAUUGAAUCUCAAGAACGACUGUGCCUAGCCCAGAUUAGCAACACCCUCCUCAAGCAGUUCAGCUACAACGAGAUCCACAAUAGGCGCGUUGCACUCGGCAUCACCUGUGUUCAAUGCACACCUGUGCAGUUGGAAAUCCUCCGGAGGGCUGGUGCAAUGCCCGUCUCGUCGCGUCGAUGUGGAAUGAUCACACGACGGGAGGCUGAACGACUCUGCAAAUCCUUCUUGGGCGACAAUUCACCACCGCGACUUCCGGAUGAUUUUGCUUUUGCAGUUCAUCACGAAUGCGCCUGGGGAUGCAGAGGUUCCUUCCUCCCCGCCAGAUACAACAGUUCGAGGGCAAAGUGCAUAAAAUGCGCCUUCUGUGGCCUCUUCUUUUCGCCCAAUAAGUUCAUCUUCCACUCACAUAGGCUAUCGUCGCAAGAUAAAUACGUUCAACCUGAUGCGGCAAAUUUUAAUUCAUGGCGACGCCACAUGAAGCUCUCUGGUUCCCCACCAGAAGAGAUAACGCACGCAUGGGAAGAUGUUAAGGCAAUGUUCAAUGGUGGCACAAGGAAGCGAUUAAUGCCACCACCAGCUAGUAGUCCAACAAAACGUCCCAAACCCUCAACACCGCCUCCCGCUCAGCCACAAGAAGUAGCACCUCCAUUUGCAAGGAGCCUCAUGAUGGAUUGGCAGUGGCCACCGAAGGCUCCGCCAUUUCAUCUACCCUCAUACGCCCUGCAUGGCUGGCUAAAACGACCCAGCGCCCUUCUCUUCCAUCAAGCAACAACGGCAGUGCCACCGCCACCCAAGGGGCUCCUCUGUGCUGCUGCCACGUCUGCCUUUCGGCCUGUGGCACCACCUGCACUCAAGGAGCCCCUUUCAUCUGAUGACGAAAUGGUGGACAUUGAAUCCACGGAGGAUGAUGAAGCACCACAAUUGGCACCACCCGCCGCCCAGCAGGGCGUCUUUGCACCGAAAGUGGACGCCGCGACGGUUCUCUCGUCCCUCUUGGGUGGUGAAAAUAACAAUUCUCACGCUGCUGUUGACCACAAUGGGCGCCCUGAAUGCCUGUGGAGCGUUGCACGCCUCUCGCAGUCCCCCGAUGCCGUUGCGACGGAUCUCCGGCAUACGCAGCAAUUGUAAAUAAUACAAAAUUUGCGCUUAAUAAAACCAAAAUCCUCCCUGAUAAUCAACAAGAAAUUCUCACGGCAUUUUUUCCAGGUAAAUCUAAUCUUUAUUCUUUUCUUUCUUCUUUUUCUCCGUUUCUCUUAAAUUAUUUACAAUAAUAGUGGUAUUUUGGGGAGGUAGGGGAAUGAGCAGGGGGGUAUGGUUACAAAACGAGAGAACAAAUUUAUUCGUUUUUUUUUUUUUUUAUAAAAGUUGUUAUAUAUAAAAAUGCGCAAUAAGAGUACAAAAUAUAUUAUAAAAGGAAAAAAAAACAUUCAUAAAUACUAAACAAUUUGGCACACUCUCGUGAGAGUAAAUUGGCUCAUUUGGAGACAUUUUGCUACACGCAUUUUGAUGCGUGUGGGUGCAAAAUGUCGGCCGCCAUUUGCUAUUUACAGCUCUGGUCACGUCUGAGUAUUUAAAUGGCAUGACACACAUCAGAGGGAAUCAAAGCCCGAGAUGUCACUGAUCUGGAAAAAAAA